AUGGGCUGUGACCGAAACUGUGGGCUCAUCGCUGGUGCUGUCAUUGGUGCAGUCCUGGCCGUGUUUGGAGGCAUUCUGAUGCCAGUCGGAGACAUGCUUAUUGAGAGGACAAUCAAAAAGGAGGUUGUACUCGAGGAAGGUACCAUUGCUUAUCAAAAUUGGGUUAAAACAGGCACAGAAGUUUACAGACAGUUUUGGAUCUAUGAUGUGCAAAAUCCACAGGAAGUGGUAGCUAACAGCAGCAAAAUUAAAGUUAAACAAAGAGGUCCUUACACGUACAGAGUUCGUUAUCUAGCCAAAAAAAAUAUAACCCAUGAUCCUGAGAACCACACAGUCUCUUUUCUUCAGCCCAAUGAGGCCAUCUUCGAGCCUUCACUAUCAGCUGGAACAGAGAAUGACACUUGGACUGUUCUCAAUCUGGCUGUAGCAGCUGCACCCCAUCUCUACCCAAAUGCAUUUGUUCAAGUGGUACUCAAUUCACUUAUCAAAAAGUCAAAAUCUUCCAUGUUUCAAAGAAGAACUGUGAAAGAGCUCUUGUGGGGCUAUAAAGAUCCGUUCUUGAGUUUGGUUCCAUAUCCUAUUUCCACGACAGUUGGUGUGUUUUUUCCUUACAACAACACUGCAGAUGGAGUUUAUACAGUUUUCAGUGGGAAAGACAACAUAAGCCAAGUUGCCAUAAUUGACACUUACAAAGGUAAAAAGAAUCUCUCCUAUUGGCCAAGUUAUUGUGACAUGAUUAAUGGUACAGACGCAGCCUCAUUUCCACCUUUUGUUGAGAAGACGCGAGUGUUACGUUUCUUUUCUUCUGACAUUUGCAGGUCAAUCUAUGCUGUGUUUGGAGCUGAAAUUAACCUGAAAGGAAUCCCUGUCUAUAGAUUUGUUCUUCCAUCCAUGGCCUUUGCAUCUCCACUUCAAAAUCCAGAUAACCAUUGUUUCUGCACAGAAACCGUUAUCUCCAAUAAUUGUACAUCAUAUGGUGUAUUAGACAUUGGCAGAUGCAAAGAAGGAAAACCUGUGUAUAUUUCACUUCCUCAUUUUCUACAUGCAAGUCCUGAUAUUGCAGAACCCAUUGAAGGCUUAAAUCCAAAUGAAGACGAACAUAGCACAUACUUAGAUGUUGAACCUAUAACUGGAUUCACUUUACGAUUUGCAAAACGGCUGCAAAUCAACAUAUUGGUCAAACCAGCAAAGAAAAUUGAGGCAUUAAAGGGUCUUAAGCGGAACUAUAUUGUGCCUAUUCUUUGGCUUAAUGAGACUGGUACCAUUGGUGAUGAGAAGGCAGAAAUGUUUAGAAAAAGAGUGACUGGAAAAAUCAACCUUCUUGGCCUGGUAGAAAUUACCUUACUCAGUGUUGGCGUGGUGAUGUUUGUGGCUUUUAUGAUUUCAUACUGUGCGUGCAGAUCAAAGAAAGUAAAAUAAGCAGUAAAUGAGUUUCGACCUUUAUGUACCAGCUACAUCAGGACCAUUGUUACUAUUGACCUACAAAAUGAAGAUUAAAU